AAUCCAACUUUCCCUACAACAAUUUACAGCUUUUAUUUUGAUAGGCUAGUGAACCCUGUGUCAUCUGUCGUCAUAGAUACAAUCUGAAUGUUUAUGUGAGAUAGAUAGCGUGCAACCGGUCAUUCGAGUCUUGGUUACAUUUUGAGAAUUGCGUUGAAUUGACUUGAACGCUAAAAAAAUUGGGUCGCGACCGAAUGAGAGUGGAAAAUGGUGGGUCCCAAGACUGUUCCAGUUGAGAACCACUGGAUUAAGACAUACCUGUAGCCAUUACAAUUUUGGUGAUAGUAAGGUUAUAACAGGCUCUGUGCUAGGGGUUAAUUAGUUAAUUAGUUUAUCAUGACAAACAAAUGUCUACAGGUAUAUGCAACUGAUACACAUAUUAAUAAGCAUCUAAUUCAUUGUGAAUGUAGACGUACUGUAAUGUACAGUUAAGUGUUAUGUAGAUGCAUGAUGUUGGUAGAUUUGUUCACUUGAUCACUAGACCCCAUAACCCGCUUUUAGAGGUAAGAGGAACUCAAAAGACAAUCUUUGUUUUACAGUGACUUGAAGAUGAGGGCUGCCAUCACACUGCUGAUGCUUCUGUUCUUCAUGUGUGGAGCUCUGACUCGGAGCACCCAGACUGAAGUCCAGGCAGAGAGCCAGGCUCUGGGGCUGCUGCUGCUGCUGAAGUCUCUACCCAGCUGGACGUCUCUGCUGAGCUGAAGGAACUCCGAGACAUGGUGGUGGAUCUGAAGGCAACUCUAAGAUAUACUCAAGAUGACGUUAAGAUACUGGAGGCUGAAAAUGCAGUAGUGAAGGAAAGACUGGUGGUCAGUGAGACUAAGGUUGGGACUCUGGAGAGGAUGCUACAAGACACCAAAGCAGAAAUGAAGAUAGAAGUGGACAAUCUGAAGAAGGAACUUGCAGCACAAGAUACAGCACAUGAACAGGAGCUAGCUACUCUGAAGACCAGACUGGCUGCUAGUGAAGCUGGUAUAGACGACCUGAAGGUGGAAAAUGCUGAACGAGAGGCAGAGCUGACAGCAGUGGAGACCAGACUGGACAUCACUGAGAGUGAAGUGGAGAAUCUGAAGACAGAGAUCAAAGCAGCGCCUAAGGUGGCCUUCUCAGCAUGUCUGAUUAACUCAGGAUACAUAGAGGCUGGCAAUACGGACCUGAACUUGGUCUUCCGUAAAGUCAUCACGAAUGUAGGAGAGGCCUACAGCAGCACAACAGGCUUCUUCACAGCUCCAGUCAGGGGAGUUUACUACUUCAGGUUCACUGUUAUGGAUAUACUAAACUCAAGAAACAUUUAUAUAAAAAUGUUUAGGAAUGGAAAACAACUUAUGUUGCUGGUGAGCGUGAUACUGAUGGACAUGGCACCUAUCUGUCCAGUGGUCUGACUCUGCAGCUGGAGGAGGGAGAUGUCGUUAACAUGGUACUAACAGCAGGCCACAUGCUGUAUGAUGAUACUAAUAACCACAACACCUUCAGUGGAUUCCUGCUCUUCCCUCUCUGAAUGAGACUCACAGAACCUCACCCUCUCUAUCCUGAUGGGAGCCAAUGGGAAGUGUCCAUGGUGUCCUUCAAUAAGUCAUUUGGUUUUCUCUGUUAGGAGUGUUUAAUUGUAAGGAAUAAAACAUGAAGGGAAGGGAAAGUGAAAUGUGAUCAUCAUGAAGAAAUAAAAACACUUAAACUGCAAUUCAACGGAGUUGUUAUUCAUUAUCACUCCUUUUCAUUACAAAUGCGUAUCAGGAUGUUUAAGAAUGGGUGGCUGACUAAUUAUGACACUGAUGGACAACUUGCCUAUAGAUAGAUCUGUCCAGUGGUCUGACUCUGCAGCUGGGAGAGGGAGAUGUAGUCAACAUGGUACUACCAGCAGGCUACAGGCUCUAUAUUAAUUCUGAUAACAACAGAACCUUCAGUGGAUUCCUGCACGUCUAUGUGUAAGCAAGGGGUACUAAUAGUGUAAUUAUGAGAAAUAAAAACUGUUUAU